UAAAACUAUGGAAGAACCAUAAAAAAAGUUAACUAUAAGCACACUUCAGAAAUAUUCAAUCACUUUUAACAUUUCUUUUACGUUGCUUGUGUUUUUUUUAACAUUAAAUUUAAAGUGAAAUUGAUGAGAAUUAUUGACGUAAAUGCCGCUUAUUAAAAAAAUAGAUUUUGUGCACUUCAUAAUAAUAUAGCGGCAAUUUUCAUAUAUAUAUUUAUCCAUCUUCUUAAAAAGAAGAAAAAUGAAAAUAAACUGGCAUUAAAGAACAAAAAGAAAUCGAGUGAAAAGCGAAAUUGAGCAAGAGCCUAAUUAGAAGAAUGAAGUAAUAUGUGUAAAGCGAGCGAUAAAUGAGGAAUUUACAACAAUAACAAAAAAGAGGAGAGCAAAGAGAAACUGGGAAACUGGAGAUAAAACAUAAACCUAUAGCAAAACAUCAGCAGCAUUAAAGGCAGACGACUAAAAAUACACACAUACGCAAGCAGGCAUAAAACAACUCAUUCAUUUACAUACGACUACCGAACAAUAAAAGACUGAAGAGACCAACAAAAUUUAAGAAAAAGGAUUUAAUUUACUGCAGAAAUAAACAUUUUUCAUAAAGUCAGCGAAACCAAAAUUCAAACCAACACGAAAGCAAUUAAUAAAUUGGAGACCCAAACACUUAGUUCCGCGUCUAAAGUAAAAGCAAUUGAUCAGCAUUGUCAGCUGAAAGAAUUGGAUUUGAAAAAUUUGCUUUGUAUUGAUUAAAUAUUUUGUACGCGAUCGUUUUUUUUUCUCCUCAAUUCCAUUACUACAUUCUGUUUUUCACCCACUACCUAUCAACUUUGUUCACAUAAAAUCGUACACAAAAAUUGCACGCUGAAGAACGGAAAGAAUUGCGCUGAGAGUGUCAACAUUAAACAGCUCGCCAGCAGCUUCUCGAGUAUUAUUAUUAGCUCUCUUUUAUAAUCACUAUGGAUGAUUUGUUGGUUGAAGUGAGACGUGACAAUGGCGCCUAUUACAAGGGUAUGGUGACAGGUGUCUACGAAGAUGGUGUCUGCUGCGAACUUGAGGGCUGGCCCGAUGUACAAAAAUAUCCUUUCGCAAGUGUUCGUUUCCCACCGGAACCAUCGCAAGAGCCCUUCGCUUUUGAGGAGGGCAUGGAAGUUGAAGUAUUUACACGCUCAUUGGAUUGUGAAGCCUGCGGUUGGUGGAUUGCUUCGAUAAAAAUGUUAAAGGCUGAAAUUUGUGCUGUUGUAUACAUUGGUUUUGAAAAUCCGUACACUGAAAUUGUCGAUUUACAACGUCUACGCCCUAAGAAUCUCAAUCCGCCAAUUACGCCGAAAUCUUUUCACCAGUUUACGAUACCUGUGCCCGAUGAAUUGCGUGAAGAAGCACAAAAAGAAGGCAUACAUAAGGAAUUUCAACGUACCAUAAGCGCCGGCGUUUGUGUCUAUAAUCCGGAAGUGAAUGCCUUAAUUGUGAUUUCAAAAUGGGACUUAACCGAAAAGCGUGCCAUUAUGUUAAAGGAUAUGCAUUUUCGCAAUUUAUCACAGAAGGUUAUGUUAUUGAAACGUACGGAAGAAGCUGCGCGUCAAUUGGAAUCCACUAAACUACUUAAUCGUGGUUUCACUGACGAAUUCCAUGUACGUGAGGAUCUUAUGGGUUUGGCAAUUGGUUCACAUGGCGCCAAUAUACAGGCGGCUCGUCUGCUGGACGGCAUUACCAAUAUUGAAUUGGAAGAAAAAUCAUGCACCUUUAAAAUAACCGGACAAUCGGAAGAAGCGGUGCAAAGAGCACGGGCUAUGCUCGAAUAUGCCGAGGAAUUUUUUCAGGUUCCUAGAGAAUUGGUGGGAAAAGUUAUUGGUAAAAACGGACGAAUUAUACAGGAAAUUGUUGAUAAAAGUGGUGUAUUUCGAAUUAAGGUGAUUGCUGGUGAUGACGAACCGGACGGCAGCAUACAUCGAGAGGCCGGCUUUGUACCCUUUGUGUUCAUUGGCACUGUGGAAAGUAUUUCGAAUGCCAAAGUUUUACUCGAUUAUCAUUUGGCACAUUUAAAGGAAGUGGAACAGUUACGUCAAAACAAAUUGGAAAUCGAUCAGCAACUGCGCGCCUUCCAAGAAUCCACCAUGGGCUCUGUACAAAAUUUUCCUGUUUCGCGGCGUUCAGAACGCGGCUAUAGCAGCGAUAUUGAAUCAGUGCGUUCCAGUCGUGGGGGGCCGCGAGGUAGAGGUCGAGGUCGUGGUAGUGGUGGCAAUAACGGUGGCAACCAGCGUUACAAUCAAGGACGGCGUGAGGACGAUGAUUAUAAUUCCCGCGGUGAUCAUCCACGUUAUAAUGAUCGUAAUAGUGGCGGCGGCGGUGGCGGGGGUGGUGGUUAUCGCGGUGGUAACCAAGAUCGUCGCGGUGGUCCAAGACGUGGCAAUCGUAAUAAUGAACAAAAUGGCAGAGAUCAUCAUUAUUAUAAUCACAACGAUGAUGUUCAAGAAAAUCGUGAAAUAAGCAGUGUUGAAAGAGCUGAAAGCAUUUCGUCAUACGAAGGUAGCUCGCGAAGACGUCGGAGGCAAAGAAACAACCCUUCUCAUAACACGAAUGGCGGUGUGGCCAUUAAUAACAAAACACAGCAACAAAACAGCAAACCACCACAGCACAAUAAUGCAGAUAAUAAAAACAGCGCUGGUGGUAGCAGUGGUAAUGCAUCAGAGCGAUCCAAGCAAAAUGUCAGCAACAAGGAAGCCAAUAACGGCGCUGUAAAUAAGGGUAUCGUAGUUGGCAAUAGUAGCGGCAGCAAUGAAAAGCAACAGCAACAACCUCCACAACAGCAGCAGCAGCAAGGAGGUGGAGGCGGUAAUAUUGUGGCAUCCCAACAGCAACAACAGCUCCUACAGCAGCCGCCACAACAACAGCCGCCGCCAAAAGCCAGACGAGGUAAUAAAAAUCGUAACAACAAUAACAACAACACUCAUGCCCAUGAUCAGCAGCAGCAACACUCGCAGGAAAAAAAAGAAACCCUUGUGAACGGUACUUCCUAAUUAACCGUUCAGCUGUUAGCCGCUAUGAGGAAAAAAAGAAGGAAGAAGAAAAAUUAAAAAUAGUUGAACGGCAAACAAAAAAAAAAAUUAAAUAAU